UUCCUUAAUGUUUACACUCGUACCAAAAUGAUAAGUUGCUUAAACACUUCUUGCUGAUAAAAGCAAAACCAAAAUAGAACACGAGUAUCACGAUGUAUUGUUAAAAUGAAAGAUGCACCAAACCUUUUCUCCCAGUGCUGCGAUUGGGGCCUGGCUCCGUCUGGGACUGCAGCUGGCUUUAAUGGGCCCCAUUCAUUCGGUCGGUCGGAGUCGGCGAGAGAUGACGCUGGUGAGAAACGGCAGCAGACACGCCUGCGCGAACGGAAGCUCAGAUCCAGAGAUCCAGAGUGUGGAAUAAAGUUGCCAAAUAGCUGCAGCCGCUUGGGGGAUUAGCGAAAACGCCAUCGAGGCAGAGUUAUUUCCGCGCACGACGUCAGCUCCGAAUUGAGUUCUUGACAGAGCCGCGGACUGGGCGGUCUACCGCCUCGCACCCGCACCCGCACCGGCCCUCGCCCUCGUGCUCCCCCUAUCCCCCAGUCACCCUCCGCGCGCGUGUGAGUGGGGUGAAUAACAUAAAACAGACGGCAGAAAGCAGAAGGCAUAAGGCAGAAGGCAGCGCAUAACAGCGAGCGGCGAAAGCAUAAAAUAAACAAUUCCAUUUCGGGCUGGUCAGCUGGGAGGAAGUUCUGGUCUGGCCCCGCGCUGCUGGUGGUGGCGAGUGGUGCGACGGAGGUGGUGGGUGACGGCAAAGUGGGUGUGGGAUGUGCGUGCCCAGACAAAGCCACAGCGCUUAGAGUCUAUUAUCUAUCCGGCAAGUGCUGACCCGUUGCUGGCGUCCGUCGUCGAUCGCUGAAUCUGUGUACUGUGGCAAAUCUGGUGCAUCGAAAUGUGCUACGUUAUUAUCACCAGCGCCAGUCUGGUGUGGUUCCUCUGCUCCCUGGUGGCGGACAUGCUCUUCGCUGUGGCCCUGGUCACGCCCAAGUGGCUGGUGGGCCCCGCCCAAGGAAUUGACUCCAACGCCAGCCAUCACCGCCACUCCUCGGUGGGCAUCUACACGCGCUGCAAGGUGAUGCACGAGGGCGGAUUCCACUGCGGACGCUUCGACUUAGACGGACUGGCCACGGACAGUAGCGUUUACCCCGGCGAAUGGAAAGCGGCAAUGUUCUUCGUCACGCUGGGAAUUAGUCUACUGUCCGUAACGGUGCUCCUGACCCUGAUCACCUGCUGCCGCCAGUCGGCCUGUGGCAAGAGCAUACACAACAUGACGGCCUGCGCCCAGGUGGUAGCAGGAAUAUGUAUGAUGCUGGCUCUAUUUCUGCAUCCGAUGGGAUGGCGAGCUAGCCGGAUUCAACGUCUAUGCGGCAUGGAUGCCGAACCCUUUUACCCCGCCGACUGUAGCAUAGGAGUUUCAUUUUACUGCGGAAUCAUUGGCCUACUCCUUACAUUCACUGCCGCCGGUAUAAGCCUAAAGGCAGAGUCUUCCAAUAUGCGGUCCCGCGUUCGCAGACGCGUGGAGGCGGGCAGCAAACUGGUGUGCAUUCCGUAGCUGCCUUCGGAUACAAUAAGAACAAGAUCUGACUAAGAGCGAGCAUACUUAACUUCAUUCUCGAAUUAAAUUUAUCAUUAGCAUAAAUAAACUUCUAACAUUCUAAAGUAUA